CAAGCCUCAACGCCUUCUUUGGACAUGAAAAGAGGUACUGCAGCGUACAACAUUGGCCUUUGCUAUUGGCAGGCAGUAUGAAAUCUCUUUUAGAUUCCCAGGCCAGCUAUAAAGACUAGAAGCUUGGCCUUGUGCCUUUGCCAGGUCAGCAGAGUCAUACCUACUGCACUUCAGGCUUCAACCCAAGCCCUUGCUCUGAUUCAAGUCCAAAUUCUGACUCAGUCUUAAGCUCUUAUCUCUAGCAACUGACCGCCUGGGAUUUCUAAGUUAAGGAGAACGUAUGUUCCAAAUCUGGAUUUGGGUAUGGCCUCCUAUAGUCCAAGCCUGACCUUGACAAGUUGGGCUGCAAGCAGGACUGCUGGUGAUACAGUCUUGGCUGCUUCCUGUUUUAACUAGGUGCUACCGGUGAUAUGGGAUGAUGUGAACGCAUUGCAUUGCGUAGGCAGAGCUAUAACAAGGCUGCCAUUUUGUGCUCUUGGUUUUCACUUCUAUUCUCCCUGACUCCCCCUCACAAUUCUUUUGUGAAGGGAUAUCCAGCCAGACCUUUUGAGGCCUAAAAGACACUUCUUCUUUUUUUUAACAGCUAAUGAUAUGGAUUUUUAGAGAAGGUGGCAGUAGCACUGCUUUUUUAGCAAAACAUUAGGUCUGCAUUGAUUUGUUGCUCUGUAUUGUGAAGGCUUCACGUUUUGCUGUGGAAAUGUGAAUCUCCAUUCAGAGUGAUUUAUAGUUGGUUAUUAUUGUGAGAUACAGAACAUGCUGUGGAUGAGGUGCUAUUUUCCAAGUGCCUUGCUGAUUUGAGAGAGCCCAUUAUAUUGCACAAUUGUCCUAGAAGCUGCAUUCUUCCACAGUAGUGACAGAGAUCCCAGUUUGCUGCCUAUUGAAACUGAAGAGCAAAUUCUCUUUCGGUUUUGAGCUACCCAUAGAUACUAAAGAUCGUUAAGGACAAAACCUUUUGUAAUCCCCACCCCCACCCUCGCUUGGAUGACUGGAGAAAAGGAACAUGGCAGUAAGAGCCUCUGUUUUUCAGCUGAGUAGACCUGUUUUAUUUUGUUUGAUUCAAAAACAAAUACUGAUAUCUUUUUUUAUUACCAAAUUCCCGGGAGACAAAUAAUUUUUAUUGGAGAUAAACUUACAAUUACAUCAAGCAUGUUGGUGGCACCCCCCCCCCGCCACCCGCCACCGCCAAAGAGCAGCCCCGGUGGUGGGGGGGCAUAAUCUGUAUUGGGUCCCAUUGCAUUGUGGGGGAGUGAACUUUAACCCUUUUCCUUCACUACAUCCCAAUCUAGCGUCUAUUUGCUGCGGAAGGGGAGCUGCCAUUGACAGCAAUAUCUACACCACAAACUUGAAUCACUUUUAUAUCAGUUUGAUGUUUGUAGUAUUCCUCCCAAGAAUUCUGAGGAUUGUACUUUCAGGAAGGUGUUCAAAAUUCUUAAGCUCCAAAAUCAUUAAGCUCCUUCACAAAACUACAUAUCCUGGAGUGCCCUGAGGGAGGAAUAAGUGGUCGAACUGUAUAGCCUUUCAAAAGGCUUCAAAUAAAUUCAGAGUCGGGUAGCUCGUGCAUCGGAACAGAUGGAUAAUGGAGACUGGGGAUAUAUAAUGACUGAACCAGUCACUUUAAAUGUGGGUGGACACUUGUAUACAACGUCGCUCACCACUCUCACAAGGUAUCCUGAUUCGAUGCUGGGGGCCAUGUUCAGGGGAGGUUUCCCCACUGCCAGAGACUCUCAAGGCAACUACUUCAUUGACCGAGAUGGACCACUUUUCCGGUAUGUUCUCAACUUUUUACGGACAUCAGAGCUGACUCUGCCUCUGGACUUCAAAGAAUUUGACUUGCUUCGAAAAGAAGCAGAUUUUUAUCAGAUUGAACCCCUAAUUCAGUGUCUUAAUGACCCUAAACCUUUGUAUCCCAUGGAUACCUUUGAGGAGGUGGUAGAGCUCUCCAGCACCCGUAAGCUUUCAAAAUAUUCCAACCCAGUGGCAGUGAUCAUAACACAGCUAACCAUCACAACCAAGGUCCAUUCAUUGCUGGAAGGCAUUUCCAACUAUUUUACCAAGUGGAAUAAGCAUAUGAUGGACACUAGAGACUGUCAAGUUUCUUUUACUUUUGGGCCAUGUGAUUACCACCAAGAAGUCUCUCUCAGAGUUCAUCUGAUGGAGUACAUCACAAAGCAAGGCUUCACGAUCCGUAACACAAGAGUCCACCACAUGAGUGAGCGAGCCAAUGAAAAUACAGUCGAACACAACUGGACUUUCUGUAGACUGGCACGGAAAACUGACGACUGAUGUUUUGCUUCCUUCCUUCCCUGUUCUUCUUUUACUCUCCAGAAGCUAAGCAGCAGCUUCUCAGAAUAAUGCAUUGGAGAUUGGAGUCUAGCUUUGGCUUAACCACCAUUGAAGGCUCUCUGUUUCGGUUAUGAAUAUUUAUUAUUGACUCUUAAGGACUGGAGAAUGGACACACAUUCAUCUCUGUCUUAUGUCAUGUCGUGAGGAACGUAUGCAUGUGCCUGCUCAAACUGUCAAGACACUCCUAAAAAGGAUGAAGCAAGGGGACAGUCUUAGAAAUUUGCAAAAGUACUACACGUAGGACACUUCUUUUGUGUUCAUGUGUGAUUCAUACAGUACAGUGUAAAGUGCUAAAAAUCACCUCCUGUUUUAAACUGUGUUUAAUCCAGCUAAUGCUAUUAAAAACCACUGGGAACCAGCAGACCCAGCUCGACAUGAACACCUCCUGUGCAAGCCAUGCAGAAAUGAAGUGGGGAAGGCACAAAAGAAACUUGUGUACGAGGAGUUCCUUCUGGAUGGUACCCAGAAUUCUUAAGGUGCAGUUGGAGAGCAAAAGCUACCAUCAUGUAAUCUAACCUAGUUUCCCUCAAUCAGUAAGCAAGCAGUAUUAUAAUAAUUUAGUUAUCAAAAAACAGUCCAAUCCCUGUUUUUACUUUUAAAAGUACAGUAUUUUACAGUUAUGGCAACUGUUUUCUUUCUAUGCAUUAUAAAUCAAGCAACCAAAUAUAACCUGCAGCUAUGAAAAUACAAUUAGAAGUAUUUAGAUUGGAUUCUGAAUGCAAGAACAGCCCUGUGGUAGAAACCUUAUUUUUUAAUGCCUGGUGCAAUAUUAUUCCCAAGUGUAAUGCUUGCCAGCAAGAAGCUAAUAAAAAUAUGAAAUGUGGAAAUAAAGUUUGUAUUGUCUUCUC